AUGUCAACCCCAGGAGCUGGUCAUGAAUUUCCUCGCCAGGAGGUGUCCUGGCUCAAGCGUGACGCUCUGCUAUUUGCCUACAGUAUCGGCUGCAAGGCCGAUGAGCUGCAUUUCCUCUACGAGCUUCACCCAAACUUCGCUGUCUUUCCCACAUAUCCUCUAAUCCUUCCUGGAUGGAAUGAAUACCCCGCUAAUAAUAUAUUCCAUACAGCGUUCAAGCUCACUGAUCAAGAAGUAACGGACUUCUAUGCCCGUUCUGGCGGAUCUCCUAUCCCUGGUGUUCCGAAGUUCGACUAUCGCCGCGUCGUUGACGGCCAGCGCAAGCUCACCAUCCUCAAGCCCUUGCCCCCAACGAGCGAGGGUAAGAAGUUCGAGCUACGCAACAAGGUCAUUGGAGUCUAUGACAAGGGCAAGCCUGGCACUGUCAUCGAAACAGAACAGACCAUUGUGGAUAAGGAGACAGGUGAGAUCUACUCAAGAACUGUGGGCAGCGGUUUCUUCGUUGGCCAGGGUAAUUGGGGUGGACCGAAAGGCCCCAGCAAUGUCAACUAUGCCCCACCUGAAGGCAAGCAGCCAGAUGCCGUCCAUGUAGUUCAAACAACUCCGGAGACAGCCCAUCUCUAUCGACUCAACGGGGACUACAACCCUCUACAUGCUACCCCCGAGCCAGGUGAGAAGAUGGGCUUCGGCGGCGCCAUCGUCCAUGGCCUCUUCAGCUGGAAUUCCGCUGCUCAUGGUAUCCUGCGGGAGCUCGGUGGUAGUGAUCCGAAGAAUCUUAAAGAGAUUCAAGCGCGCUUUGCUUCGCCAGUUAUACCUGGUGACAAGCUUAUCACUGAGAUCUGGAGAACGGGCAGUCUCCAAGACGGUUAUGAAGAAAUCCGAUUCGUAACCAAGAAUGGUAAGGGCAAGGCGGUCCUGAGCAACGGCCGCUGCCUGAUGAAGGUCACCGGCCCAAGAAGCAAGCUAUGA